AACUGCCUUACGCACUCUCACUCACUCUCUUCCCUCACUAAAACACAGUAAAUCAACAUACACGCUUUCCUUUCUCCAUCCCUUGGAUCUCUUUCUUGCUCUUUCUUUUUCUUCUUCUUUUCUCGCUUUGAAUGAAAGAUCUGCGUGAAAUGAUCUUAGCUCUGCAAAUGUGAAUAAAUAUAUUCUUUCUCUCUCUGAUCCAAUCAUUUUCUCUUCUGUUUUUCACAGUCACUUUUCUCUCUUUUUUUUCUUCUUUUGCUGCUUUGAUAAAAUCGUCUUAUCAAAGCUUCCUCGAUUCCCUUCUUUAAUGCUUGCAUAAAAGGACGUUGACGCAGAUUGACGUGAAUGUAAAUAACAAAAGCAAGCUUUGGCGGGAUUGGAUCGGGUUUUUAGUGUCUCUUCGCGAGAAGCAGAUCUUGGGAAAGAGAGAAGAAUGAAGGUGAUGGAGCUUCGGUGCGCAGUCCUAGUGGUGCUAUUGGGGCUUGUGGUUACUGGGAAAGCGGAGAUUUAUAUUGUGACAGUUGAAGGAGAGCCUAUAAUUAGCUACAAAGGUGGUGAGAAUGGAUUUGAAGCUACGGCUGUGGAGUCAGAUGAGAAGCUUGACACUACAAGUGAAUUGGUAACAUCCUAUGCUAGUCAUCUUGAGAAAAAACAUGAUAUGCUUCUUGGAAUGCUGUUUGAGCGUGGGAGUUACAAGAAACUCUACAGUUAUAAACACCUAAUAAACGGCUUUUCAGUUCACCUUUCCCCUGAACAGGCAGAAACCCUGAGACGUGCUCCUGGUGUGAAAUCUGUGGAGAGAGAUUGGAAGGUGAGGAGACUUACAACACAUACCCCACAAUUUCUUGGGCUCCCAACAGGUGUAUGGCCAACAGGAGGUGGCUUUGACAGGGCAGGAGAGGACAUUGUGAUAGGAUUUGUAGACUCAGGAAUCUAUCCACUUCACCCAAGCUUUGCAGCCUAUCAUACUGAUCCCUAUGGGCCUGUUCCAAAGUAUAGAGGAAAGUGCGAAAUUGAUCCUGAUACCAAGAGAGACUUCUGUAAUGGCAAGAUCAUUGGAGCCCAGCAUUUUGCUGAAGCUGCAAAAGCAGCUGGUGCAUUUAAUCCUGCUAUUGAUUUUGCAUCUCCCAUGGAUGGUGAUGGGCAUGGAAGUCACACGGCAGCUAUUGCAGCUGGGAAUAAUGGUAUUCCUGUGAGAGUGCAUGGCCAUGAAUUUGGGAAAGCAAGUGGAAUGGCUCCCCGUGCCAGGAUUGCUGUCUACAAGGCACUAUACAGGCUUUUUGGAGGGUUUGUAGCAGAUGUGGUAGCUGCAAUUGAUCAGGCUGUUCACGAUGGUGUGGAUAUUCUCAGCCUCUCAGUGGGACCAAAUAGUCCUCAGGCAACCACGAAGACCACGUUUUUAAAUCCUUUUGAUGCAACACUUCUUGCAGCUGUCAAGGCUGGUGUUUUUGUUGCUCAGGCAGCUGGAAAUGGAGGUCCUUUCCCCAAAACUUUGGUUUCCUAUAGCCCAUGGAUCGCAUCUGUUGCAGCUGCAAUUGAUGAUCGUAGAUACAAAAACCAUUUGAACCUGGGAAAUGGAAAAAUCUUAGCUGGCAUGGGAUUGUCCCCUUCUACUCAUCCAAACCAAACCUACACCAUGGUUGCUGCUAAUGAUGUGCUACUGGAUUCCUCAGUCAUGAAGUAUAGCCCCUCAGACUGCCAAAGGCCGGAAGUUUUAAAUAAAAACUUAGUUGAGGGGAACAUUCUUCUUUGUGGCUAUUCCUUCAACUUUGUUGUUGGUACUGCAUCAAUUAAGAAAGUCUCUGAAACAGCCAAGGCUCUUCGUGCAGUUGGUUUUGUUCUUGCAGUGGAAAAUGUUUCUCCUGGAACAAAGUUUGAUCCUGUUCCUGUUGGUAUACCUGGCAUCCUUAUCACCGAUGUUUCCAAAUCAAUGGAUCUUAUUGAUUACUAUAAUGUUUCUACACCAAGAGAUUGGACUGGGCGAGUGAAGAGCUUCAAAGCUAUUGGUAGCAUUGGGGACGGUUUGAUGCCAAUUCUCCACAAAUCAGCACCACAAGUAGCACUAUUUUCUGCUCGAGGGCCAAACAUAAAAGAUUACAGCUUUCAAGAUGCAGAUCUUCUCAAGCCAGACAUUUUGGCACCUGGUUCUCUAAUUUGGGCUGCUUGGUCACCGAAUGGAACGGAUGAGCCUAAUUAUGUUGGAGAAGGAUUUGCAAUGAUAUCUGGAACUAGUAUGGCUGCACCGCAUAUAGCAGGGAUAGCUGCUCUUUUGAAGCAGAAGCACCCUCAUUGGAGCCCUGCUGCAAUAAAAUCAGCCUUGAUGACAACAUCAACAAAGCUGGACAGAGCAGGAAGGCCUCUUCAAGCACAACAGUAUUCUGAAACAGAGGCUAUGAAGCUUGUCACAGCUACUCCUUUUGAUUAUGGGAGUGGCCAUGUUAAUCCGAGAGCUGCUCUGGAUCCUGGGCUCAUCUUUCAUGCAGGUUAUGAGGAUUAUUUGGGAUUCUUGUGCUCAACACCUGGUAUUGAUAUCCAUGAGAUAAAGAACUACACAAACUCACCCUGCAACCACACCAUGGGCCACCCAUCAAAUCUCAACACCCCAUCAAUUACAAUCUCCCAUCUGGUGGGAACUCAAACGGUUACUCGUACUGUUACAAAUGUUGCUGAAGAAGAAACCUAUGUCAUCACAGCUAGAAUGCAUCCAUCCAUUGCUAUUGAAACAAACCCUUCAGCGAUGACUCUGAAACCUGGUGCAUCUAGGAAGUUCUCUGUAACUCUUACUGCUCGAUCAGUUACUGGAACUUAUAGCUUUGGAGAGAUUACCAUGAAAGGCAGCAGAGGGCACAAGGUAAGUAUCCCGGUGGUGGCUAUGGGAUACUGGCGAUAGUUUGGACUGGUGAGCAAAAUUAAGGAUUAUGG